AUGGAUACACCAACACUCGUCCCAUCAACCGGAAAUCAGAACACCAGUGGCUCGCAGACGACUCUCAAGGUCACGGUUUGGCAGGGGGUGGGGCCAGAUUUGCUGGAGAUCAUCAUCGACCAAUGGGUGAACCUGCUCGUCUGUCUCAUCGGCAUCGUCGCUAACAUCAUCGAAAUCUGCGUCUUCACCAAACAAGGAUUCAAAGACACGGUCAACAUUUCCAUGACCUUCAUCGCCUUCUGGGAUCUGCUCCGAGUCACGUUUGGUGCCUGCCAACGCCUCCACGGACCGAUAUCUUUCUUUUCUCCAACAUUCGCGACAGUCUGGCAGAACUACACUCUGUUCAAACUAUCCUAUAUACACAACAUUAGCAGUAAUAUUUCGUAUUUACUCGGGGCAUAUAUCGCGCUAGAGAGAUGUUUGUGCGUAGGUAUGCCCCUACAGGUUAAAUUCAUCAUCACGGUUAAAGUAACAAUUGCAGUGUGUGCGAUAAUCUCCAUCGUCGUUUUUUCUUCUUUAUUCCCAUUAUUUUUCAUCUACGAGCCGGCUUGGGUUUACAACGAAAAUUCAAAAACAUUUGUCUUCGUGAAUCAGGUCACAGAGUUCUACAGAACCUACGGUGCUAGAUACGUGGAAGCCAGCGCCCCCUUAGGGUUCUUGUACCCGACCCUAAGCCUAACCAUCAUGGUGACCAGUACACUAAUCAUCUGGUACCACCUACACAAAUCUACAUCAUGUCGUAGUAAUCAAGUAUCAAAUUAUAUCAAGUUUCAACCUCCUCUUGAUAAGAAAGAGAAGCAAGUACUCAAGAUGCUGCUAGUGAUAAUCUACAUCUACAUCCUAAACCUCAUCCCAAGAGUGACCAACUACAUCGCUAAGAUGCUCAAUGUCCAAUACUACAACGGCAACUUCAUCAAAACCCCGUAUUGGAUUAUCGUGUACCUCGCUUACCUGCUUGAUUUCGUCAACUCUACUGUUCACCUGUUCGUUUUUUAUGCAAUGAGCUCCAAGUUCAAGAAUACUUUCCGUCGAAUAUUUUGUUCGAAGUACUAA